AACCAAAAGACGACGACUCGCGUCCAUCGUCGCGUGAGGGCGGACUGGGGACUGAAAUGGUAGUGCGUGCUAAACGAGGGCAUCGGAUUCUACUUUCGGGGGAAUAAUAAAAGUUGAAAGAAUUUCACUUCGUGUGUUGUGUUCCACUGUACUGUAGCCGGUCCUCCAAGUCCGAAGUUCCCCUAUACUUUGAUUCGCCGGCGACGCUCCUCUGCCGGGAGUCAGGAAGCCUCCCAAUCUGGGGCUCUUCCUUGGACGACUCACUCGGUGUGGUGUCGGGGCUUGAUUUUGGUUUCCGUUGCUUAUGGAGGAUUCGGCAGGCACGUCGGAUCCGGCUGCCACUGCAUCGCCGCCCAGGGAUUCCGACCGGGAGGUAAUUGCUACCUCGCCUGACGGGGAUGCAAACACCAGAGGUGAGAUUGUAGCUGCUCUUAAUUCACGGCGACCAAACCUAGCAUCCUUGCAAAUUCCUGUAAGAGCAUUGGGAAAUUCACUUGCUUCUGCAAGGGCAUAUGCUUUUCCCAGUCCUGGUUCAGCAAGAGCAGGCUUGCCACCCAGGCCGAAUUCAACAAGGACAAAAUCUUCUAUUAGAAGUCUUGUUCAACAAAGGAGUCUAAGGACAAAAGGUUCGAGUUCAGAUGGUGACAGAGCAGUUCUCCUAAUUCCUGGAACAUCUUCUUCAGAAGGACAAGAAAACAAGCCUUCAACAUCAAGGCAAUUUUCUCUUACCAAGGUCUUUUCCUCAGUUUCAACCAAAAAAACAUACUCUUUACCUGUGACACCAGUAACCAGCCAAGAUCCGUCUUCUGAACAGGAAAGGCAUGUAGUCGAUGUCUCUUUCCUCGAUAAAAAGGAGGUGCAGACUCAGAUUAGACGAUCAAUUUCCGCACCUGGAAAUGCCAAAAAUGCAGGUUUGCAGAGAAUGGAUUCAAUUGGUUUUGUGCGAGUUAUUUCAACAACUCCUCGUCCUGUUGCUACUGAUAUUACCAUGGAAAGUGAUGCUAAUGAGACAGUCAAUGUGACUGAGAAUGAAGUUGAAGAUAUUCCAGAAGAAGAGGCUGUAUGCAGAAUAUGUUUAGUAGAACUUGCUGAAGGGGGAGAAACUCUUAAAAUGGAGUGUAGUUGCAAAGGGGAACUUGCACUAGCACACCAAGAAUGUGCAGUAAAAUGGUUUAGUAUUAAGGGAAAUAAGACAUGUGAUGUAUGCAAACAGGAAGUAACAAACCUACCAGUGACAUUGCUGAGAUUACAGAAUCAACGAAUGGUUAAUAGGCACACUUCAAAUGCAACUCAGCGGCAAGAAGUUGCUACGUACAGGGUAUGGCAGGAUGUUCCUGUUCUAGUCAUGGUCAGCAUGCUUGCUUAUUUCUGCUUUCUGGAGCAACUUUUAGUUACUGAAUUGGGUCCCCGAGCUCUUGCCAUAUCAUUACCCUUUUCCUGUGUUCUGGGCCUCCUCUCUUCCAUGAUAGCUUCAACAAUGGUAAGCAGGAGCUAUGUUUGGGCCUAUGCAUCCUUCCAGUUUGCAAUUGUGAUCCUCUUUGCGCAUAUUUUCUAUAAUGCGCUAUCAAUAAGCGCUGUUCUUUCCAUCUUACUUUCCUCAUUCACUGGCUUUGGCAUUGCAAUCAGUACAAACUCUUUGCUUGUUGAGUAUCUAAGGUGGAGAAUUAGGAGAAAUUCACGCUCAACACAAUGGCAAGAUGAGAUUAGGCAGCAGAAUGGAUCUACAGACCUUCCUGAAGCUGAAGAUGGAAACAACAUAAGGCGGCAAGAUUUGGAGAAUCAAAUCCAAAGUCCUAAUCCUUUGCCACAUGGGUGAAAUGAUUUAUAUUGCUUUUGAGGUACCUUGCUGAUGGCUUGAUGCAACAACUACAAAUUAUAUUCAUAAAUGUUUUUUUGAUCAUGUGCCCAAUUGAUUCAAGGCUUGAAGCUCAGGUUCUUGAAUCAUAUUAAAGUGAUUUUCAGAAAAUUUUCAUUGGAAUUUCUGCUAUUCGUCCAACAUAUAUAUCCCAAUAUUCUAAGUAAAACCAGCCUAACUAGCUUGAUAGAGGCCAGAGACUGUACAUUCCCCAUCCCAGUUCAUUGGUCAAAAGCUCCAGUAAUUUCUGUAUCGAUUGCAAGUAAUAGCACACUCCUAAAGAGGGCUAUGUUGAAGGACUUUAGUGUCUUCCAAAUAAAUUCUCUUAAAUUGAUUUCAAUGAGGUGAUCAGAGAUGAAUUGGGAGCCAUGAGAAUGUUGUUUGUGAAUGCUUGUAUGUAAUGGAGCUAAAUGAACUUUAACAAUUUGUAGUGAUUCUUAGUAGUGAAAAACUGCAUAUUGUAAAACUCCGGCAAUUUCUAUGUAUUUCUUUUCCUUUUAUAUCAA